GCGAACAAAAUAUAAUUCAUGGUUUUAAUAAGCUUACUUGUCAUUUAAGAUACAUUUCAUUUGUACAGUUUAUUACGUUGUGUAGUGCACGGUCUGACCUGCAUCACAAGGAUAGGCUAGUCUAAUUGGGAUAUGAAAAAAUUAAAUGUAGUUUGCACGUUCUGUCUUUUCAUACAUUGCCACACUGGCUGCUAGACAGAUAGAAUUCCGGCGCACCCGAUUAGACUACAAUCACCCCAUUCUAAUCGGGUGCGCGGUACACAGCAGACGGGAUAGGUAGGUAAUUGUUGAUAAUUGGAUAUGGAGAAGGGAGAGUCGGUCAAGGAUCGAUUCAGACAAGGUGGUAAAUUGUAUGACAAGCGACAGUUUAAUUUAAGAGUAAAGAUAUCUGGUACAAGCGUAUACGGACUCGUUCCUUUAGCUCAUAGAGAACCUCCAGAAAAAACCCCAGAUAACAGAAUGCAUAGACAUUUUAUACAACACAGAAAGUAGGUUGAGUCUGGAAGUUCUGGUCCUUUGGUUGGUUCUGGACAGGUUGUUGUCUUCUCAGAUUGGUCCUGAUGAGCUGGGCGUCAUCCUUCUGAGUCUUGUAGCAAAAGUUCUUUGUUACCAAAUGUUCAGCUAAGCAGGAGAUUUUGUGUGUGCGUAGUCAGCCCUCUGUCCUUAGGAGAGUACACUUAUGCCCUAACCUUUUGAACCUAUAUCCCUAUUCUGACGCAUAUUCUGGUUUUGAACUAUUUUGUCCACUAUCCCGUUAUUUAAAUAAGUCUCUAUUAUGGAUCACCAAGAUAUUGAAAAAGUGUUGAAAACGCUGAAAUCAUCAUUAGAAAUAAAUGGUGGAAAGAUGGAAAGGAAUGGAAAAAUAGGGGUGAAAAACUAUACAAAGAAUGGAUAGAAGAGCGCAGCAUUGCCGCGCCCACUGGGCUCCCAGUCGACGGGGAGCCUGGUAGAAUACUGGAGACACUGAAGCGAAGAACACAAAAGACCAUUUCAGAGUGGAAAACGGGGGGAGGGUUACGAAGGGGUAAACUUAAAGAUGCCAUGGAGAAGGCAAAACUAAAGGAGGCAUAGGGUUGGCUAUGCUGGAGAAACUUUUUGCCUACAACGCGGGAGACUCGGGUGAAUUACAGGAGAAGGUGAUGCAUGCAAUCCAGUCCAUCAGGAGAAUAGGUGGAAUGCAGCCCCGUUGGGAGGGGCCAUACCAAGUAUUCCUGGUGACAGCCUUUGCGGUGAGAAUAGCUGAAAGAGCUACCUGGGGGCAUAUCACACAUUGUAGGAGGGUAAGACACACUGACACUGUCGAACAAUCACAGGGGUAGGAGCAGAACCGGAACCAACAGGGUACUGGGGGCCAACUCUCUACUGAAGAUUCCCUUAUACCCGACCUUUCCCCGCUGUGAGCGUUCAUAGAAGUGAAAGUGCGGCUUGGCCUCUGGCUGAUGAUGUGUUCUCUGGGAGAGGGUGGGGCUUUACAGGAGUACUGGUCGUCCUGAGCUGUCUGAUUGUGGGAGCCAUAUUCCUGAUACACCAUGGGCCCCCCGAGAAGGCGAAAGAGGGUAACCUGACCCAUAGUUUAGACGAUGAGGAUUUUGUAUUAACCAAGCAUGUGGGAUCACUUAAUCUGGAUAAGCAGGGAAUAAAUUGAGAUAUUUGUGGAACCAGGAGAAUUGAGCCAAAAUGUUUGGUUUUAAUAACACCUGUAUAUAAAAGGUGCCAGUGUACUUGUGUAAUGGGGGAGGGUGUCCGUAUUGGGAUUACAUGAUAACUAACGUUGGAAAAUUGUGGGAAUGGAGAAGAGGUUAUCCAUACAGUAUAGGGGAUGUCUCCAAAGUAGAUAGAAUGUCCAUCUUAUGGGACGGGGCUGGUAGUACGCAACAACCAUGUAAAGGUGAUGAAAUCCUACUAACCAUCAAAUCUAUUAAGCUCUCCGAUACAGGUACCUAUACCCUGGGAUUGGAAAGAAACGGGGCUGAUACGAUGGGGAUGUUUACCAUAACAGUGCUGCCAAAACCACCACCAGUUCCAACCGGACGGAGACAGAUCCAGUCGAACCGCUCCACCACUCCAGGUCCAACUCUAAAUCCACCAACUAAAAUACCAAACCCAGUACAGGUAAUUAAUGUUAAGGAUAUUACGGACAGCGAUCAAUUAGGAAUAGAAACGGGAUAUGACGGGAGGGAAAAUAUGUGGUUGGCAAAUAUGAGAUAUACAGCCAAAACACUGAGGAGGAAAGACUGUGUCAUCUGUGGCCAUGCUCGGCCUGUUCUGGCAACACACCCAUUUGCUUUAAGUGACGGUGAUGGGUGGAUCUGUAUAUUGGAGGGAUUUUACCAUGUUAAACUAAAUUCAACUCUGUGUAAAUAUUUGAGUCUAGUGUUCCCGGAAGUUCCUCCCCAGAAGGCCCCGUGGGGUGUUAAGGCAUAUGAGGGAAACUACAGCUGCAUCACGGGAACAGGUAGGGGUGUGGACUAUGGGCGGCUGCCUAAGGCGGAUUGUACCAGUAAUGUAACCAUUAAUGCUACCUGGCCGGUAAAAGGAUUGAAUCAAACUAGAGGCGUUGCUGACGUAUGGUGGAUAUGUGGACCAAACAGGCGCUUAAUUCCUAUUCUUAGGGGUGACUGGCAGGGUACGUGCGCCUUAGCCUGUCCGAUAAUACCAUUAACCAUUAUUGAAGUUACAGCUAACCAACUUCUAGGAUCCACACGGGGGGGCAUGCGCGUGACCAACUCAUUAGGAGACAGAGACGCGAUGCGCCUUGGUCCGAGGGGACAGACAACAUCCAUACCAACCUGCUGGGGGGUGCCGGUAGGUGUCCAAGCCUUGAGCAGAAAUGAUGGUUUAUGGCAUCUGUUACCCUUUAUCGGUCCAGCAAUUGUUGAUGCUAAACAGACCUCCUGGAUAAAUUAUAUUUAUUAUAAUCAGCAACGUUUUGUUAACUAUACUCAUACGGCACUCACAGGUAUGGCUGAACAAUUGGAGGCUACCUCUAGAACUGCCAGGCAAAAUAGACUAGCCCUAGAUAUGAUCCUAGCCAGUCAAGGUGGGGUCUGCAAAAUGUUUGGAGAACAAUGUUGUAUCCCUAACAAUUCUAGCCCUGAUGGGAGCAUUUCAAAAGCUUUAAGUGGUCUGGAUAAACUAUCAGUGGAAAUUAAGGGUUUGGCUGGGGUGGAGGAGGAAGGACUGUUCUCCUGGUUUGGUGAGUGGUUCGGUAGGUACACAGCAUUGGUGGUUACUGGAUUUCUGACCCUAAUUGUUGUCUUUCUUAUGUUAAUGUGCUGUGCUGCCUGUAUUAUCCCCUGUUUGAGGAAAUCUUUUACAGAUUUUGCUGAGACUGCCUUAGCAGAGGAUAAUCCAUGGUUUGCUGUGAAAAAAAGGCUUAUUUUUAGUUUAAUUCAUUACUUUUUGUUUCACAAUAUAUCCUUGUAAUCUUUUGUCCUGCAUGUUGUCCUACCUUAUGUCAAGGUUUAAAGUUCCUGGGUGACGGGUAGCCAACCUAGUAUCUGUCAGGUGUAGCAGGGUGGACUAGAUGGUUUUUAUUCUUUAUACAAUAAAGGUGUGUUUCUUUUAAUCCUUGUAUUCUGAGUGACACCCUAAAAGUGUGUCAAAAGGGGGAGUCGAAAAGCAGCUUAGCAUAUAUAAUUUGUUGAUUUUUUCUUUGUUGAUUUUUUCUGUUUUUCUGCCUGUUUUUUCUGUAAAAAAAAUAAAAAUAAUAAUUAAAAAAAUAAUAAUAAUAAUAAACGUUAUUGUUUUCAUGAAAUGCUAUUAACAUAUUACUAUGCUGUGACCGCUGAAAUAAAGGAUAAUGAGUGACACCCUAGGGGUGUCAAAAGGGGGACUCCUAAAAAUCCCUGUGUUACCUAAUAUGUUACUAUGUUACUGAGAAUGUGUUCCGAAUGGUCAUUAAAGGUUUAAAGUUCCUGGGUUUAUCUACAACCUGGUAUGUAUGUAUCGAUCAUUGAACUUGAUGGUUUCUGUUUUAAUUUACACCUAAUUUACACCCACAAGGGGUGUAAAAAGGGGGAUUGUGAGGAUUGAAAAUAUGCUUGGCCUAUAAUGGGGGUGUCUGUGUGUGUGUGUGCUGGAAGUAACAUUUUGCCCCAGAUAGUGUGCUGAGAAGCUGUGGUUAACCUUGAGCGGGAACAGAUGUUUUCUAUGCAGGGGUAAAUAGCUCAACAAUGUUGCAGAACUGUCUGUGUUAAGUGAGGACACGAAAAACAGGAACCAAGCUUGGGACCUCAGUUUCUAGGGUGUGGGCGCGUAAUCUACACAGCAACAACGCCGGAGCGCCUGGGGCUGGGACCAGCCUGUGCGCCAACGAUAGGUUGAGUGAGUCUAGACCACGCUCAGCCUCUACUUUGACAGGCCAGCUCAGAAGCGGGAACUAACUCUGUCUUAGUAUAAAAGAAGAACUCUGUAUUACUCCAGUCAGUUCUCUGUUCUGCCCUGCGUGGUGAUACAGUGAACCCGUAUAUACGAAAAUUGCAUUUACCAUUUAUCGCUUGAGUUUAAUAAAAUACUUAAAGUAUA